CGGAAGCGGAAGUGUGUGAAGAAUGAUGUUGCGUUGAAUAAGGAAGAGUUGUCAGGGUUGUCAAUUUCACUUUGUUUACAUCAUCUUUACCUUCACUUAUUGUUUAAAGCCACGUACAUGUAGAGGAUUACAGUGACGAACGUCAGACCAUCUAACUCAAGGAUAAAGAGAGGUUCAAGACAUCAUAUUUGGAGAAAUGAAGAGCGCUGGAGUUGUAUUGCUACACAUCUUGCUUGUUGUGCCUCACAUCAUCUGCUGGACGAAUGAUGCCGUGUUACUGCAUGACGUUCAAGUGCUCACCCUCUACAAAGGUCGCUAUGCCACCGCACGGCGCUCCAGUCCGGUUCAACAGCUUCAAUGUGUCGGGGGGUCAGCUGGCUGUGGAUCAUUCGUCCCAGAGGUGGUCCAGUGUUAUAACAAAGGAUCAGAUGGCAUAGACAUUCAGUGGGAGUGUAAGGCUGACAUGGAUAACGCAUACAGGUUUGGCCGCGUGGAAGUUUCCUGUGAGGGUUACAGCAGUCCUAAUGAUGCAUAUAUCCUGAAGGGCUCAUGCGGUCUGGAAUACACACUGGAGCUCACAGCGGAGGGGAAGCAGCAGCACACUCGUGGCUCAUCUGGCUUUUCAGGCUUUGCAUCUAGCUUCUUCCAAGGCUUCUCUAAUCAUAAACAGCAGCAGAGCGGUGGCCACUAUCAGCAGUCUAAUAGCCAUUAUUCCUCCCAGAACGGCCAAUCAAAUGAUGGAGUGGGUGGGCUUAUGGUGGUAGCUUUCUUUUUGCUCUUGGCAUAUGGUGUGUAUAAGAUGUUUCUGUGCAGCCCUACUCAUGGCCACCAAGGUCACAAUGAUGAUCGCUCCCAAGGGUUCAGUGGGCCCUGGGAUAAAAGCCAUGGCAUGGGACCACCACCCCCUGGAUUUAAACCAGAUUACACAGACCAGUCCAGCUCAAGGCCUGGCUAUGGUUUUUCUGACUCAUACACUAGACCUCAAAAUUCUUGGACUGGUUCCACUGGUGGAAACAGCGGAACAGGAGGUGGUGGAUUCUGGACUGGAAUGGGCACAGGUGGAGUUCUGGGAUACCUGUUUGGGAGUCAGAGACGACAACCACCCAUGGGCUCCACAGGACCAUCUUACUUCAGCAGACCUUCUCCACCAUCACAACCAACAAGCUCAGGAACACGCACUGCCUCAGGUUUUGGGGGAACUAAAAGAAGAUGAUUGAAGACGAGCUCCUAGAUGGACACCCACACUCAAAGCCUAAGUUCACAGAUGGGUCAAAACUGAUUUACACCAAAUUAACCCUUUUAUGGGAUAUUACGGUUCUUUGAUUACUGAGAUGUUGCUAGACUAAAUCAAGCAUGCUAUUCAUAUGGAUUUCUGAGUUUUUUGCUGUUCUCUCAAACUCUUAAAAAUACCCUUUCUUCUUUCGUACUGAGGAAAACUAUGGAUUAAUUAAAUAAAAAAGUAGCUGUUUCUGCACUGAUGAGAAAUGUCUGUCAAUCAUUUCAUGCAAUGUGAAACCAAAAGAAAAUCUUAGUUCAUAGUUUGAAAAGGGACAUUGAUUGUAUAUUCACUUACAUCAAUAUAUAUAUAUAUAUAUUACAUGUAUUUUAUACUUUAAAAUGUAUGGAAAUGCACUUACCUUACCUUCUAUGUGCAAAGCUAAAAUAUAAUGAUUGGAUUCUUGGUUUUUAUUAUCAGUGCUUUGUGUGUGAAAGAUUUAUUAGCUAUUUCUGGACAUUGCUUAGACAUGCUGUGAUAAGUUGAAACAUAAGUUAAAAUUUGUAUGUUGAUCUGGAAAGGUUAAGUUGAUGCAAGAUGUUUGUAUAUUAAAAAUCUUUCUCUAUCCAGCUUGCUUUAUCUGUUUUACAUUAAAGUACUGUUCUGCAGAUGUUUUGGUUAUACAUUUUU